GAGUAACAGAGCAAGUGUCUAGCUAGCUAGUGUAAAGUUUGAGCAAAGGAAUGGAACAGAACAAUCAAGCAUAACAUUAUAAAUAUUAUAAAUUGUUUCUCAAUAAUAGUAGCUAUAAUUGUUUUCUAGAUUACCUCCUCCAUGCCAUGCUAUUGACAUCUGACAGAAGGUGCAGCCUGGCAUGAGGAUGACUGAGAAUGGGGAGGACAGCAGCCGCUCUCAGCCUGAUGGAGUGUUACCUCGUGGAGCUCCUGGUGGGAAGGAUCCAGGAGGAGUUAGCGGUGACAAGAGGCCAGUGAACCCCCCUACAGAGGACAACAAACCCACCAUGCUUCUCAACGACACCCUGAAAUUCCCUCAGGAUGUAGGAGACCAAAGCAGCAAGACAGGUCUCCAUCAGCCGCGACCUCCCCUGCUGCCCAAGCCCCCUGCACUGUCGAAGGGAGGGAAGAGCAGUUCGGUGGAGGAGGUGAGAAGCAGAAGACUUAAGCACAGCCAGGAGAGUCUGACUGACCCAGCUGAGACUGGUUCCUCCACAGACUCCCUUAAGGAGGACUCGACAGUUACAGGUGUGUUCACCUUGAGCGGUGCUGCCACCUUAAGGAAUGGACAGGGCUCCAUUGUUGAACCCCUCUCGACUCCUACAGGGUCCCCUGUCUUCAGAGCCAGGGGCCAGAGCCUCUCAGAGUACGAGAGGAGGCCCCUCGACCACCACAGUGACCCAGCGGAGCAGCGGGUGAGGUCCUCCAAGGUACGUCUCUCUCCCUUACAGCCAUCGGGUCCACUUCCUGCUCUGGAGCAGAGCUUGGCGUCGGAGUCCUUAAGGACGGCUAAUCGGAUUGACAGGGAUUGCGUGGAUUAUGCCAUUGUGCCGGGGAGAGCUGGGCCGGAGAGGCUGCACCUGCACAGGAAUCUGAGCGACAGCCGGCUUCUGGAUAACAUGGUGUUGGACAACACCUCUGUCAACUCCAUGAAGUCCACCUUCAGUGUGUUGAACCCCAUCAGACCCAGGGACGUCAGGAACAGGUAGGGCUACACGACUCACUCAUCAUAUCCUCUCCAGAUUACUGACCAGAUACGUACUGCAGAAGCCUUCUCUACAUGUAUUUGAUACCAUACCGGUAUCAGAGUGCUAUUAGAAGUCUUGAUAGCUUUCAGAAGGCGUUGAAGUUGUAAUAGAUUAACAAAUUCUGGAUCUAAAUAUGGUGUAUAAAGUAUCCUUUGAAUGUUUGAUGCAACUCUAAAAUGAAGAUAGGUGAUGCUCCAUUCCAUUGAUACAAUAAUGCACUCCCUGUGAUGUGGAACAUGACAUCUCAUGAUAAGAAUUGAGGUGGGCCUUGAGUUAAAUAUAUUCUGCAUGAAAUACAGACGGACAUUUGAGCUAUUGUAACUUAUUGUGAACAGUCAUAAUCACGAUCAGCGAAUUGUAACCAAGAAGACUAUGCUGUAAUUAUUACCAUGGCACAUCUGCAGCUAGGGCAUUAGCAUUGGUGUGUACUCUAGCAACACUGGCUGCAGUUCUGCAUUAAUGAAGGCCUCAGGGGCUUAUGGUAUGUUAAGUGCUCACACUGACAGAGGAAAUUGUAAGGUGGGAGUGUGUGAAUCAGCAUAGCUUUUGCCACCAUUCAGGGAGCAAAGAUGGGUCUCAAUACACGUGUUGUGCCUCAGCAAGGAGCUUUUCAAGGAAUCAGAAGAUUUAUCUGAAAUGUUUCAGUCAGCUAUAUGCUAUGGAAGAAGCCUAUGUUUUGAAAUGUGUGUCAGUGCCAAUAAUAUCCAGCAUUCUUUGAAUUGUGUGUGUGUAUGCUACUGAAAUGUUAUAGUGUAGCCUACCAGACAUUUGAAAUGGAGUUUGGUUCAAAGUAGCCAAGAAACGGUUUUUUAGAGCAAGCAGGAAAAACAGUGCUGCUAUACCUCAGGUUAUGAAGUGUUCAUUUCCUCAUUGUAUUCCAGGAGUUUUCUGGAGGGCAGUGUGCUGGGCAGUGGUGCCCUUCUGGGAGCUGAGGAGCUGGACCGCUAUUUCCCAGAGAGGAGAGUUGGGCAUCUACAUAGCCACAUGGAACAUGCAUGGAGAGAAGGUGGGGCCACUCCUACUGUUCAACAUUAGGCCUAGAGCCUGAAUAUCUGUUUCUACACACAUUCUACACUCACUCUUUGAUAGCGUGUUUCCUGGUAUUCCUUCCAUAUCAUUUUCAGGGACUUCCAAACAACCUAGAUGAUCUGUUGCUCCCGACGGACUCUGAAUUGCACAAGACUUUUACAUCAUCGGAGUCCAGGAGGGAUGUCCAGACCGGUAUGAGAUGACUGUGUAUGAGUGCAUUUUGCAUUAUAUCAAUGAAGUCUAAAGUACUCUGCUGAUGUGUGUGUCACAGGAGGGAAUGGGAGAUCCGUCUUCAGGAGACUCUGGGGCCGUACUACGUCAUGCUCUACACAGCCUCCCACGGGGUUCUCUACCUCACUGUGUUCGUCAGGAGGGACCUUAUUUGGUUCUGCUCAGGUCUGUCCCAAAAAAAAAAUGUCUAAGGAAAGUGAAUCAGUCCUUUCCCAUCAACAAAUCUCAGAAGGUUGUCUCUAAUUGAAAUGUUGUUAAAGAGGCAACAUUUAUAAGGUGAUCUCUCUGGCUAUCUACUGCACAUUUUAUGUGUACAGUACGUGAUCUGAUUUGGUUCCUGUAACCAUCGCAUCUCCUAACAGAAGUGGAGCAUGCCACGGUCACAACACGCAUCAUGUCUCAAAUCAAAACCAAAGGAGCCGUGGGGAUCGGCUUCACCUUCUUUGGCACUUCCUUCCUCUUCAUCACCUCCCAUUUUACCUGUGAGUGACAGUUACAUGAUGUGAAUGUAAACAGGAAGUGGAAAGCCUUUGGACACAGUCGCACUACUAACUAGGUGAUUUAAGAAAUGUCCUUAUGUUCCAGCUGGAGAUUCCAGAGUGUACGAGAGGAUUCUGGACUACAACAAGAUCGUUGAAGCACUUGCUCUCCCUAAAGUUCUUCCAGACACCAACCCUUACCGCUCCACAUCCUGUAAGUACUCUUAAAGAUGAGCUGUUCAUUGCAGUACUACUACUAUGUUGCAGUACUGCUGUCACAUCUAGAAGAGCAUCCUAAUUGUGUGAGGAGAAAUGCUGUAGUUUCCCUCAUGCAACAAGUACUCAAUAAGUACAUUGUUAAUCCUACUGAUAAUGACUGUUUCAUGGCUUUCAGCGGAUGUGACAACACGGUUUGAUGAGGUUUUCUGGUUUGGGGACUUUAACUUCCGUCUGAGUAAAGACCGUGUGGAGGUAGAGGUCCUUCUAAACCAGAACCAGGGUGUGGACAUGGGCCCUCUGCUCCACCAUGACCAACUCUCCAAGGAAAUGAAGGAUGGUACGUCUACAUGGAACAACACAAUUCUAACAAUAAUAACCAGAGGUUUAGGCAAAUAUUACAUGUAUUAGAUUGUGAAUGAUAUCUCAAUCUGUUAUUUACUGCUGCGCAGCGGUCUAAGGCACUGCAUCUCAGUGCUUGAGGCGUCACUACAGACUACAGACCCCCUGGUUCAAUUCCAGGCUGUAUCACAACCGGCCGUGAUUGGGAGUCCCAUAGGGCGGCGCACAAUUGGCCCAGCGUCGUCUGGGUUUGGCCAGUGUAGGCCGUCAUUGUAAAUAAGAAUUUGUUCUUAACUGACUUGCCUAGUUAAAUAAAGGUAAAAAAAAAAUAUAUAUUGUAAUUUCUAUUUUUUACUUAACACUUAUUUUUCUUAAAACUGCAUUGUUGGUUAAGGGCUUGUAAGUAAGCAUUUCACUGUAAGGUCUACACCUGUUGUAUUCGGCGCAUGUGACAAAUACAAUUUGAUUUGAUUUGUUACCAUGCUCACUGUGACAGAUACUUAAAAAUAGAAUGCAAAUGUAUUAUGCUCUGUUCAAGGUUCCAUCUUUAAAGGCUUCCAGGAAGCACAGAUUCAGUUCAUCCCCACCUACAAAUUUGACGUUGGCUAUGACGUGUAUGACACCAACCUCUAAGCAGAGAACUCCCUCAUACACAGUACGUGUCAGCACCAGUCAUACCCUGUGUCAUUCAUACAAGCAAGCCUCUUUGUUUUUAUAUAGGCUUGUUUUAAACACACAAAAAUGAAUGUUAUAUUUUACUGUUCCUCUGUGUGCUCUAGGACAGAAUACUGUUCAGGAACAGGCAGGUGGAUGACAUCAAAGUGAUAAAGUACACCAGCUGUUCAACGAUAAAGACGUCAGACCACCGGCCUGUCAUCGGCAUGUUCCAGGUCAAACUCCGUCCUGGAAGAGACAAGUGAGUCCCACCCCUUCCUCGCUUAGCUGUUGUAGCAGCAAGCUUUUUGCAGCUUUCAGCUCUAACAGUAUUCAUGUUUGUAGAAGUAAUAGGUGUCCGAAAGUGCGGUCAACGAAAAGCUCAGUUUAUUUAGAACAGUUGGUUAACCCUUUUAUUUGUUGUUCACUGUCUGGUGUGUUUCUCAGUAUUCCUCUGGGUGCAGGCCAGUUUGACAGGAGUCUGUACCUGGAGGGCAUCAGGAGGAGGAUCACCAGAGAGCUGAAGAAGAGAGAAGCCAUGAAGAACCAGGGCAGCAGCAGCACCAUCUGCUCCAUCUCCUGAACCUGAACCAGACUGGAUCUCCCUCCAGAAUCACUGACCCAGCCAUGAGGGACCAAAGGGAACCAGUCUUGUGUUUCCACUUCCAGUCUGUGGGAGAAUCUGUUGGUUUUGUUCGACUCCUUGCGUCCUCUCCUCCAUCUUCUCCUCGCCUGCUUUUGAAAAAGGUCA